UCUGGAGAUCCAAAAAACGCGCAUCUAUAUCCUACACCCGCGACACACAGGAACACUCCUCCACCAUACCCCAGUAUAUAGCACAAGUAGCUUCAUUCGGCUGAAAACCCUAUCUCUCUCGGCCGCUACAUAUUCCGCCUCCGCACAUACCGCAGAGGACGAUUGUUUGAAGCACUAUGGCCGAUCAGACCCAACAUUCAGUCAUUACAAGGAGGGUAGCUAGUCAGCUACACCUUUCUCAAUAUGCCCUUGCUCAGUAUGGUGCUGCUGUCAACAGACCAACUCAAAGGCAGUUCACAUACGGAAACUACACAAAUGCAGGGUUCAGCUCUCCAAUGACCCAAUCAUUGAUAGUUGCGAACGCUUCACCUGUGUUUGUUCAAGCACCAGCAGAGAAAGGGCUAACUGGUUUCGCCAUUGAUUUCCUUAUGGGAGGUGUGUCAGCUGCUGUUUCUAAAACUGCUGCUGCUCCUAUUGAGCGUGUCAAGCUUUUGAUCCAAAACCAAGAUGAGAUGAUCAAGGCUGGUCGUCUUUCUGAGCCAUACAAGGGCAUUGGUGAUUGUUUCAGUAGGACAAUCAAGGAUGAGGGAGUUAUGUCUUUGUGGAGAGGAAACACUGCUAACGUCAUCCGUUACUUCCCUACUCAGGCACUCAACUUUGCAUUCAAGGAUUACUUCAAGAGCUUGUUUAACUUUAAAAAGGACAAGGAUCCUUACUGGAAAGUUUUCGGUGGCAACAUUGCUUCUGGUGGUUUUGCUGGUGCUUCUUCUUUAGUUUUCGUCUUCUCUUUGGAUUAUGCCAGAACCCGUUUGGCAAACGAUGCUAAGGCAGCGAAGAAGGGUGGUGAGCGACAGUUUAACGGUCUUGUUGACGUUUACAAGAAGACGUAUGCAUCAGACGGUAUUGCUGGGUUAUACCGUGGGUUCCCACUUUCAGCUGCUGGUAUUUUCAUCUACCGUGGUUUGUACUUCGGAAUGUACGAUUCUCUCAAACCAAUUCUUCUCACCGGAAAGUUGCAGGAUAAUUUCUUUGCCAGCUUUGCUCUGGGUUGGUUGAUUACAAACGCUGCUGGUCUUGCAUCGUACCCAAUUGAUACCGUUCGUAGAAGAAUGAUGAUGACGUCUGGUGAGGCUGUGAAGUACAAGAACACGUUUGAUGCUUUCAGUCAAAUCGUGAAGAAGGAAGGUGUGAGGUCGCUGUUCAAGGGUGGUGCGGCUAACAUCUUGAGAGCCGUGGCUGGUGCUGGUGUGCUUGCUGGUUACGAUCAGCUUCAGUUAAUUGUUUUCGGAAAGAAAUGGUCUGGAGGUAGCGGUUAAGCGUUUGAGGGAGGGACAGUCUUGUCUUUAAUUUUGAGAUAUUUGCCAUAAUAUGGAUGAUGGUGAUAAUUUGUUUCUUGAGACUAAAUUCGUGUAGUAGGAUUAAAAUCAUCCUGCGGUACUUUCUUUAAUUUUGUUUUGUGUGUUGCAUUUUGAGGUUUUCACCGUUGCAGGAAAAGACUCGGUAAUAAAAUACUUGCUCCAAUAUUUUGGAUUUAUAGGUCA